AUGUCUUCCAGUUCCAAAGACACCCUAUCCACUCUUCUUCGCGUAAUCGAAAAUGACAUCAUCCCACUGACCCAGGCCGGAGUGGCCUCCGGCUCCAAGGUCUUCGGCGCCGCCAUCCUCUCCCGAGAGACCCUCGCACCUCUCACAGUCGCCACCAACGACGAGCGCGCCUCGCCCCUCCUCCACGGCGAGAUCAACUGCAUCCAGCAAUUCUUCACCCAGGACUACCCGGACCCGGCCACCCGGCCCGACCCGCGAACCGACUGCGUCUUCCUGGCCACGCACGAGCCCUGCAGCCUGUGCCUGAGCGGCAUCGCCUGGUCCGGCUUCCGCGAGUUCUACUACCUCUUCACCUACGAGGACAGCCGCGACCUGUUCGCGAUCCCGCACGACAUCGACAUCCUGCAGCAGGUGUUUCGCGUGCCGGGCACCGAGGCGCCGGAGCAGGUGGAGCGGCGCGCGCUGUACAAUCGGGAGAACAACUUCUUCACGGGGCGCUCGUUUUUGAGCUUGGUGGAGGAGCUCGGGGCAGGGAAGGAGGAGAGGGAGUAUUGGCUUUCGGAGAUUGAGCGCGUGAAGGGACUGUAUAAUGCGCUGAGUGAGACGUACCAGAAAGGGAAGCAGGCCGGAGCGCAGACAUCUAGCGCUUGGAAGUAG